ACCUGAGUUCGAUCCCCAGGACCCACAUGAUGGAAAGAGAGAACUGAUCACUGCAAAAUGUCCCCUGACCACACGAAUGCUGUGGCACUCCCGUGGCCACACACAAAUAAGUAGAGAAGCCAGUCUGCUGCCUGCCACAUGAACCAUCGUCUGGGCCAGACAUGGAGAACUGCUGGGUCUUUUGGGGGCUCAUCUUGUGGCUGAUGGCUCCCUACCUGGAUUGGACACAUGAAUCAGCAUGCCAGCAGGAAUGGACAUACACGGUACCACAGCACUCUAACUGGCUGUGCUUCAAAUUUGGGGAACAUGGCUGCCCUUCACGGACCCCCAACUGCUCCACCUGCCACUACACAGUUGGAGGAUGGAACUGGUUUGAAGCAUGCUAUGAAAAGAGCAUGGGGUACUUGAGGAGGACAAAAGCACUCUGGUGGCUGGGCAUGAACUCAGUAAGCGAGCUUGGAAAAGUGUGGAAGAAGCUAUUAGAAGUGAUUUCCAGGCCCCUCUUGUACCAUUUUGAUUUCCCCUGUGUGCCCUGUGUCAUGCUGGGGAACUCUGGCCUCAGCAAUACCAACCAAUUGUACGUGGCUUUUGGGAUGAGUCAGGACACCAUCCACAGGGCUGAGGCAGAUAUGAGGAGCCAAACCACAGGACCCUUCAUCUGUCCCAGGAAUGCCAGUCACCAGGGUUCCUGGAAGCAGCAGUGGUUCCUGGAACUUGCUGAUCUGGUGCCCCGAAUGACAAGAUUUUGGAAGACAGUCUAUUUCCCUAGAGGCACGAGAUAGUUAAGAUGAGGCCCUCCCUUCACUGUCUGGAAUCCCCUUCCCACGGACCAGCUAGUUGAUGUUCUUUGAGGCCCAGGGCCACCCUCUCUGGAUUUGGAUCAGAACAGCAAAGUGGUCCUAUUACGAUAACCAGACCAAAGGCCCCUGAAGGACCUGUCUGCAUGGACUAGAGAAGCAGAAAUGGAAGUUGCUUGUCAGCUAGGAUGGACAGACAAAGCUACCAUUCCCAAGUGACAACU